ACCAACUGAAGGGAGUUACCUCAGCGCUGUCCGAGAUAUGAGAUCGGGCCAUUUUCCAGGCGGUCCCCUUUCCCAUUAAAGAAGACAACCCCAGUGGGGGGAAAAGAAAAGAAAGACAGAAACACAGGUACAUUUGGAGAGGUCGCUGCAGAAGAGAGCACACAACGCCUUUCCGCCGGCGGAUAAGUCGGUAUCUACGGUGCAUGCACAGCGUCUCAGCCCCCGUGCGCGCGCGCGUGUGUGUGUUUACAAGUGAGCGAGUGCCGUAAACGAGGGAAGGACGAGAACGCCCAAGGAAGGAAGGAAGGAAGGAAGGAAGGAGGGAUGGUGGACAAUUCGAGCAGUAGUAAGGCACAAAUGCCCAGCAUGUCUCAGGAGCCUGGCGUGGCCUUUCCUCAGAGCACCUCUACUACAGGGGGGAUGAAGCUGGAGGCGGUAAUGGAGCAGCUCCAGCGCCAGCAGCAGGCCCGACUAGAAAUGGAGCGCAAGGAGAGGAAGCUGCGAGAAGCCCACAUCAUGUAUGCUCAGCAGGUUGCUGCCCAGCAGGCCAUCCUGGCAGCUGCCCGGGCGUCCGGGGCCAGCUUCAUGGGCAAAGGCCUGGCUGGGGUGGUCCCCGGUGGCGGGUUGCCUCCCAGGGUCUCCAAUCAGAGCAGUGUGGACUCGGAAAGGGAGGACGACGAGGACAGAGGCCGGGAUUCCGGGGACGACGACGACGAUAAUGAGAUGAUGGAAGGGGACGAGGGCAGCGAUGAGGAUGAGGGAAGUGCCAGCGGUCUGGAGUUCCUCCGCAAGCAGACCCUGGCUUUGCAGCAGAGUGCGUCCCGCAUCGUGGCCCGGCCGUUUGGCAGUUACUCUGCGUCGGCCCCCCAGAGGGCCGCAUCCCCGCCCAUCAGAGUGAAGCAGGAACCCGAUGAGGGCCUGUCUCCUGCGGGGCCUCACUCUGCUACCUCUCCUAACGGACAGGCGGAUUGGGGCUUUGAUGAUCACUUCAGACAGAACGGGAGUGCAGGCUGGGCGGAUGAGGCUGACAGUAGCAGAGGAAGAGGAGAGGCCUCCAGAGACUUUGCUAAGUUGUAUGAACUGGACAAUGACUCCAAAAGGAAGGAGUUUUUGGAUGACCUCUUCACCUUCAUGCAGAAAAGAGGAACCCCAGUCAAUCGUAUCCCCAUUAUGGCCAAGCAGGUCCUGGAUCUGUACAUGCUGUACAAGCUGGUGACAGAGAAAGGAGGCCUUGUGGAGGUUAUUAACAAGAAGAUCUGGCGAGAAAUCACAAAGGGACUCAACCUUCCUACCUCCAUCACCAGCGCCGCUUUCACUCUGCGCACACAGUACAUGAAAUACCUGUACCCGUAUGAGUGCGAGAGGAAAGGCCUCAGCUCCCCCGGUGAGCUCCAGGCCGCCAUCGACAGUAACCGCCGCGAGGGCCGUCGUCCGAGCUACAGCAGCAGCCUCUUCCGCUUCUCUCCCUCUCCCAGCACGGCUCCCCACAUCCUCUCGCCGCCCAAGAUGCACCUUUCAGCCCUUGGGGCAGGGGCCUCGGGGGUCCUCAACGGCCUGCAGGGCUCACCGGGACACUCUCUGAAGAAAGAAGACUUGACCCCCUCCAUCAUGGCGGCGAGACCCUCCAUGGCGCUGGCCCUGGGCCACCAGCAGGUCGCAGGCUUUGCACGGGCCGCCACUCUGGAGCAGCUCAGAGAAAAGCUGGAGACCGGCGGAGAGGGGCCAGAGAGGAAGAUGGCCCGCCUGGCGGAGGAGCAGCAGCGCCUGAUGCAGCAGGCUUUCCAACACAACCUGCUGGCCAUGGCUUCCCAAAUGCCCAUGAACAUGCGCCUGGCAGCCCCCACCAUCACCACCCGAGAUGAGAAGCAGCAGGACAUGUCUCUAAGCAUCUCAACCAAUGGAAAUGCCAGCAUCACUGUCUCAGUUGAAGUCAAUGGCACCAUCUACUCAGGAACCCUGUUUGCCCAGAAGUCUGGUGGGGCCCCGGGGCCUGCUGUGUCGGCUGCUGCUGCUGCUGCCUCCCCUGCUGGAGCCAGCACUAGCUAUGGCUUCUCUGUACCUCUGGCUCAGACCCUCAGCCCCACGUCCUCCUCCUCCUCCUCCAAGGGCUCUGCUGAGCCGGCCCCCAGCGGAUCACCCUAGCUCGGGGGCCCGCCCUUUGCACCUGCUCCCCCAGGCCUCUCUUCCAUUGGGAGGCCCAGCAAGAAAUAUACAGUACAAUGAGAAACAGAUAAGAAUAACAAACUGUUGCACAACAAAUACCUCAUCAACCCUGUCGACCUCUUGGCUGUCCAAUCAUGAACACAGAGCCCAAGAAUAUUCUGACAGCACGUGCCCAAAUGCACAGCUAUGCAUUUUACUCAACACACAAUCACAUACAUGCACUACACUACAAACACACACAAUUCUACAUGCACACACACACACACUCACACACACACACACACACACACACACACACACACACACACACACACACACACACACACACACACACACACACACACGUGUUAAUCAUAAUGUACAUGCUAAACACAAUCAGCUCAGCCAAAACCCACUGACAGGUGUAGUCACAACUGAACUUGAAAAGUUUUAUCUUAGGACAUUUUGUUUGUUUGUUGCCAUUUUGUCUUUUUUGAUUUUGUGUUUUUAGGAUGAUUUUUGUUUUUAGUUUUUCUCUUUUUACAUACCUCAAAUCAAGUAACCUGCAGUGGUGUCUUUACCUCAGGAGCUGUAGUAUAUUUAACCUGAAUCAACUUUAUUUUUAUAUUCUUUUAUUUUUUUUGUUGACCUAGUUGCAAUCAGGGGAAGUCAGGUAACUCUCUCUCACCAGUGGAACCUCGUGAACAGAGCCCCCACCUCACAGCGGCAGGCCUCCCAACCCGGGCCGCUCGGAUUUCUGCAGCACACCUGUCGUCGACUCAAACUGGUGAACGAUCGGAUGCUGUGGAUCAGCACGUGACGCACCUAAUCUCAGAACUCCGCCCUCAGUUCAGAUCAUGACAAGUCCAUGGUGUUGGCUGGGAGGUUCAUUAUGUACACACGCCUCCCGCCGUGGCAAUGCACAGGAAUUUUGUGUCCCAUCAAAAAGAAAAAUUCAACUCAUUGCAGAACCGCACAAACAGUCUUCGAACAACACGGUGGCGCACAAAGCUGGGGGAACGGCAACUGAGCAGACCCUGCGCCGCUUUCUCCACCCGGCUCCUGUCUGAUGUUACUGAGAGGUAGUUCAGAAGAAUCGGUGUGAGUUUGUUCUUGUUGGGUUUUAUUGGGGGGGGGGGGGUCUCUCAGGAAGCAACGUGACGACUGCAAGGAAUCGCUGUUGAUUAUAAAGACAAAGAAGGGAUUCGAAACCUGAAGAAUGCACAAGUCUACACGACUGUUUGAGAAUACCUCAUCAGACUCUCCCAAAGGAGAGCUGCACUACAUACCUCAUACGGCUGCAAAGCCAUCAAGACUUGACGCCACAACCCCCCUCACCCACAUGAUGGGAGUCUUACCUGACCUGAAACUGACGUGAACGUACUGACACACUGCUGGUGGUUUUUGGGGACUAACGGAAUCGGGAUGGGGCUCGCUAUCGCUCUCUCCCCUCCUGUGUUCAUAAGUUGUUUUAUGCUUGCUUCCGUUUCCUUUCUUCUUUUUUUUCCUCCUUUUUUUUUUUUUCUUGGUUCCUCAAGUUGUCUGAGAAGACAGAGGGAAAAUAAUCGUUAUUUCUUCACGGACACGUGUAUCUGUAGGAUUGUCAACGGGUUUCGAGGUCGCUGUGGGUCAAAGCAGAGAAAAAAGAAAAACGACAACAAUCGACCACGUUAACCUUAAACUUGACUGCGGAAUAUGAUAAUGCAUGUGUACAAUCAUGUGACCAGCGUUUUAAAACACCCUAAUCUACUGGUUCACGUUAGCCUCUGGUUAUUGCACAGCUAGAUACCAAAGACUAGCCAUGUCGCCCCUCAUGAUGGAUCCCUUGUACAAUCCUGCCUGCUGUGGCGCACAGCAAGGCAGCUUACGGUCUGUUCUGGACUGCAAAGAAAAGAAACGUUUAUUCUGAUUUCAAAUUUUUUGUUUCGUUUUGAUUUCUCGAAAACAAAUGAAAAUAUCUUUAGGUGAGGCGAAUCCCCAUGUUUUGCGUUUCACGGCAUGACUCAACAGUGGAAAUACGUACAUUUCUAUCUGGAUUCAAAGACUCAACAUCUGAUUAUGUGACAUGUACAGACAUUUAGUCCAGAACAGCAGCCCAGAUGCUGUGGCUUCCUAAUUGAAUCCUUUACAUUUAUUGGCGCUAGGGGCUGUUUAAAAAAAUAAAAAUAAAAUAAUUCAAACGCAACACCCGGAGUGGGCACAUGCCCUCUCAGCCAGUGCGCAUAGAGGCCCACGAGUCUGGCCCCUUUUUAUUAAAGAAGCCACUUUCUGAUAAUCCGGUAACUGUUGAAUUAUCCCUCCAAUUGUACGGCAUUUUUGUUCUCCCUUUUAAGUCAAUUUCUACGCAUUUUGAAAUACCACAAAGGAUGACAAUGAUUUUUUCUAGCUUUAUCUGUGUUGAAUGUGAGGCAUUGUAUCUGUUUAGAAACCUCUUUAAUUAAGCCCAGUGGAACCGAAGUGGGCAGCCUUGUUGCUUUUACUAGACUGUAUUUUAGCUAUUACGUGUCAGGUUUUUGCAAAUGUUUUGCAGUGCAGAUCUCAGUUUGAGGACUUGUGCCAGAAGUCCUUUUUGGUGAUCCCGUCAGAACCCUGCAUGACACAACUGUAUUUUAUAAAAAAACAAAAAGAAAAAAGGUGAUAACUGUAGACGCUGCCUUAAAAUAGUUGCUGGUGAGAUCCCGCCGGUGCAGUUUUCUAUACUUCUACUACUACUACUACUACUGGUCGGGGAAAAUGUCUUUCUCUCCGAGCUUAAUCCAUCGGAGAGUAAUCACCUUUUGAUUUGAUUUUGGCGAACACUUCAAUCAGACGUCAAGACAACAGUUGUCAUUCAUGCUGUUGGUAACAACUGAGUUUGGCUAUUUAUUUAUGUGUGUGUGUGUGUGUGUGUGUUUUUUUUUUUUUUGGUCCUGGUGGACCUCGUUUCAGUAAUGGUUCAGCUUAACCCUUUAGGCGCCAUGUUACUGAAACCUUUCAUUGUUUCUAAGUCCAGGCUUUCUGUUGCAUCUGCUUCAUCUAAGCAAUGAUUGUUUGAUAGUGUAGCUUCACUGCCUGUGUGUGUGCGUGCGUGUGUGCGUGCGUGCGUGUGUGUGUGUGUGUGUGUGUGUGUGUGUGUGUGUGUGUGUGUGUGUGUGUGUGUGUGUGUGCGUGUGUGUGUGUGUACGUACUAGAGACCGCCCCCUACCUCGUCAUACCACAGUACCUCAGGGCAGUGGGCCGCAGUCACUGUUGCGUUGGAUAUUGAAGCUGCGUUGGGGGACGAGUGCUGCCGGAAGCUGCGGUCAAUGCUGAAUGCAACGUCGUUUUUUAAAAAGUUUUUUUUGGGAUUUGCGUCGUCAGUAACUGUAGGCGAGGUCUCGUCACUCAGGAAGCUGUGAAGUUGGAAGUCUGCAGAACCUUUUUGUCUCUCAGAUGAUUUUGGAGUUAAUUCAGUUUUAAAAUUGUUUAAAAACUAACCUGAUCUGUGUAAAAACAGGCGCAUAUGCAAGUGGUUAUCGAAUACCUCAUUUAUCAAUUUUAUGUUGUUGUUUUUUGGCUUGUACAAUGCUCCGUAUAUUAAUUCAACUGUGGGGUUUGUGCAUAUUUUUGUACUGUUAUUAUUAUUAUUAUGGACAUGGUAAUAAUGAUAUUACUGAUAUUAUAGUUUUCUCUUUGAUUAAAGCAAACAAAAAAAAAAAAAUAGGACAAAACACAUGAAUGCUUGUAAAAACUGGUUUGUGCUGAUUGUAUUUAAGAGGAGCACUUUUCCAAAGUGGUUUUCACACAUUCAGUUUUGUUCAUAUUAGUAAUAUAAAGAUAUGGUUCUCAGGGCUUUAAACUUGUAUGUCAUGAUAAAGUUUUACUUUAUAUCUUA